AUGGCCUUCAACGACCUCCUGCAGCAGGUGGGGGGUGUCGGCCGCUUCCAGCAGAUCCAGGUCACGCUGGUGGUCCUCCCGCUGCUCCUGAUGGCCUCCCACAACACCCUGCAGAACUUCACUGCGGCCAUCCCUCCCCACCACUGCCGCCUGCCUGCCAACGCCAGCCUCAGCCGGGGCGGGGAGCUGGAGGCCUGGCUGCCCCGGGACGGGCAGGGGCAGCUCGAGUCCUGCCUCCUCCUCACUGUCCCGCGACAGGGACCGCCUUUUCCCAACGGCACAGAGACCAACGGCACGGGGGCCACAGAGCCGUGCACCAAUGGCUGGAUCUAUGACAACAGCACCUUCCCGUCUACCAUCGUGACCGAGUGGGACCUCGUGUGCUCUAACAGGGCCUUACGCCAGCUGGCCCAGUCCUUGUACAUGGUAGGGGUGCUUCUCGGAGCCAUGGUGUUCGGCUACCUGGCAGACAGGCUGGGCCGCCGGAAGUUGCUGAUCUUGAACUAUCUGCAGACGGCCGUGUCAGGAACCUGCGCAGCCUUCGCUCCCAACUUCCCCGUCUACUGUGCCUUCCGGCUCCUUUCCGGCAUGUCGCUGGCUGGCAUCGCUCUCAACUGCAUGACCCUGAAUGUGGAGUGGAUGCCCAUCCACACGCGGGCUUGUGUGGGCACCCUGACUGGCUAUGUCUACAGCCUGGGCCAGUUUCUCCUGGCCGGUGUGGCCUUGGCCGUGCCCCACUGGCGCCGCCUGCAGCUCCUGGUCUCCGUGCCUUUUUUCGCCUUCUUCAUCUACUCCUGGUUCUUCAUCGAGUCAGCCCGCUGGUACUCCUCCUCCGGGAGGCUAGACCUCACCCUCAGGGCCCUGCAGAGAGUGGCCUGGAUCAAUGGGAAGCGAGAAGAGGGGACCAAGCUAAGUAUGGAGGUGCUCCGGGCCAGUCUGCAAAAGGAGCUGACCAUGGGCAAAGGCCAAGCUUCCGCCUUGGAGUUGCUGCGCUGCCCCGCCCUUCGCCACCUCUUCCUCUGCCUCUCCAUGCUGUGGUUUGCCACUAGUUUUGCCUACUACGGGCUGGUCAUGGACCUGCAGGGCUUUGGCGUGAACAUCUACCUAAUCCAGGUGAUUUUUGGUGCUGUGGACCUGCCUGCCAAGCUGGUGGGCUUCCUUGUCAUCAACUCUCUGGGCCGCCGGCCUGCCCAGAUGGCCUCACUGCUGCUGGCAGGCGUCUGCAUCCUGGUCAAUGGGGUGGUACCCCAGGAUCAGUCCAUUGUCCGAACCUCCCUUGCUGUGCUGGGAAAAGGCUGUCUGGCUGCCUCCUUCAACUGCAUCUUCCUCUAUACUGGGGAACUCUACCCCACAGUGAUCCGGCAGACAGGCAUGGGAAUGGGCAGCACCAUGGCCCGUGUGGGCAGCAUCGUGAGCCCACUGGUGAGCAUGACUGCUGAGCUCUACCCCUCCGUGCCUCUCUUCAUCUACGGCGCCGUCCCCGUGGCCGCCAGCGCUAUCACUGCCCUCCUGCCAGAGACCCUGGGCCAGCCACUGCCAGACACGGUGCAGGACAUGGAGAGCAGGAGGAGAGGAAAGCCAAGGCGGCAGGAGCAAGAGCAGCAGAAGCAGAUGGUCCCGCUCCAGGCCUCAGCACAAGAGAAUCUACUCUGA